AUGGCUAACCCUCGUCGACAGGGCCUCAACGGUGCCGACGUGGACUUUGACACCACCUGGCAAGUUCUGGAACGCGCAUUCCUCGAAAUCCACACCAAAAACGCCUCUCAACUGUCCUUCGAGGAACUAUACCGAAACGCCUAUAAGAUUGUGCUGAAGAAGAAGGGCGAUGAGCUGUACAACAAAGUCGCCGAGUUCGAGGAGAAGUGGCUGGGCGAGACAGUGCGCAGUCGGAUAGUGAGGCUGCUGUCAGCGCCCUUCCUCUUCAACGACGAUAUUGGACGGACGCUUGCGACCUCGGCAGAGCGACGUGUGGCGGGCGAGGGCGUGCUCAAGGCUCUCAAGCAGGCAUGGGAGGACCACCAAGUCUGCAUGAGCAUGUUGACCGAUGUGCUCAUGUACAUGGACCGAGUCUACUGCACAGAUCACCGCCAACCAUCCAUCUUCGCCAAGUCCAUGGGCCUCUUCCGCGACCAGAUCCUACGAACGCCAGUGCGGCAAGGCGCAGACGACAUCAUCACCAUCCUCACCCGCAUCAUCCUCGACCAGAUUUCCAUGGACCGCGAUGGCGAAUCAAUCGACCGUUACCUCAUCAAAUCAAAUGUGUACAUGCUCGAAGGCUUGUACGAGUCGGAGCAAGAGGUGGAAGACGAAAAGCUGUAUCUGCGAGAAUUCGAGGAGAGCUUUCUGCAGAGGAGUGCACAAUUCUACCGUGAAGAAGGCGAGCGGUUACUGAAAGAGUCGGAUGCUGGGACAUACUGUCACCACGCCAAGCGGCGCAUUGACGAAGAGAGUGAUCGGUGCAGGUCUACUCUGUCCGAGUCAACCGCGCCCAAGAUCCAGCGAGUGGUGGAGGAUGAGCUCAUCAGACAUAAGAUGAAGGGCUUGAUUGAGAUGGACAGCGGUGUUCUCUACAUGGUCGACAACGACAAGUUUAACGAACUUCAUCUGGUGUUCGACCUCGAAGCACGCGUGGAUCCCCGCAAGCCGGAGCUCACCAAAGCUUUGCAGCAGAUCAUUGCAGACAUGGGUUCCAAGAUCAACGAAGCUGCAGUUGCUACAUCGCAAGCUCCACCAACGGCAGCUCCAGCUGCGGACGACGGCGAGGGCGACAAGUCAAAGGCGAAACAAGACAAGCAGAUCAACCAGCAGACUCAAGCCGCACUCAAAUGGGUCGCAGACAUCUUGGACCUGAAGGAUCGUUUCGACAAGAUUUGGGAGAUCUCGUUUGGCAGAGACCAGACCAUCCAGACCGCGCUGACCCGAAGCAUGUCCGAAAACAUCAACUCAUUCAACAGAAGCAGCGAGUACAUUUCGCUCUUCAUCGACGACCACAUGAAGAAGGGCAUUCGCGACAAGACCGAUCAAGAAGUCGAUGCGAUCCUCGAGAAGGCGAUUGUACUGCUGCGAUAUCUUCAGGACAAGGACAUCUUCGAGACGUACUACAAGAAGCAUCUCUGCAAGCGUCUGCUGCUAAAGAAGAGCCAGAGUACCGAUGUGGAGAAGCAGAUGAUCGCCCGGAUGAAGAUGGAGCUUGGCAAUAGCUUCACACUCAAACUCGAGGCCAUGUUCAAGGACAUGUCGCUGAGUGAAGACCUGACUCGUGGCUACCGCGAGCAUGUCGCCGGUCUGGGUGAUGCUGAUAGGAAGCGAGUGGACUUGAGCGUCAAUGUCUUGACCUCAAUGACCUGGCCGCUAGAAGCUUUCCGGAGUUCCAACGAGGACGACGGCGAGACGCGAUCCCAAAUCAUCUUCCCUCCUGCUCUCGACCUGGUCCGCCAAGGAUUCGAGCGGUACUAUUCCGAGAAGCACUCUGGUCGGAAGCUUUCGUGGCAGACAAACAUGGGAGAUGUGGACAUCAAAGCGUUGUUCAAGAAUAAGAGUGGACAGACGAGAACGCACGAGGUCAACUGCUCGACCUAUGCUGCCCUCAUCCUCUUGCUCUUCAACGAUCGACAGCCUGGUGAUCGAUUAUCACUGGAGGAGAUCGAAGCUCAAACCAACAUUCCCAUGCAGUCUCUGACGAGAAACUUGCAAGCUCUGGCUGUUGCGCCAAAGACGCGCUUCUUGACCAAGGAGCCGAUGAGCCGAGACGUCAACCCUGGCGACAAAUUCUCCCUCAACGACGACUACCUACCAAAGACUGUCAAGAUCAAAGUUGGUGUCGUGUCAGCUGGCAACAAGGUCGAAGGCGACAGGGAGCGCAAGGAGACCGAGAAACGCAACAAUGACAGCCGUGGCUUCGUCAUCGAGGCUGCCGUCGUGCGGAUCAUGAAGUCUCGAAAGGAGCUCGCUCACGCGCAGCUACUCAAUGAGACCAUCUCAGUCUUGUCGUCUCGCUUCAAACCGGACGUCAACAUGAUCAAGAAGCGCAUCGAGAGUCUGAUCGAGCGCGAAUAUCUCGAGCGAAUGGAAGACGCACCAGUCCCAUCGUACAAGUAUGUAGCUUAA